AUGUCUGAGACCGAGAUGACGAGAAAAGAUUCCGGUGAGAACAGAGACGACAAUGUGGACAAGGGGAGUAUUGACAAAAGCACACGUGGUUCUGUUUCUUCGGAAAUAAGUAGCUUCCAGAUUGAGACAGAAUCUCUACUUUGUGGAUGGCUCAGCCUGCGACCAAAAUGUCUGCAACCCUGUGCGACUUCCAAUUGGUUAACAGCGGUACUGGGAACUUUAAUGUUCAUACAGGGGUUUGCCAUCAGCGGGAUUUUGUACAUGAGUUUAUCGAGCAUUGAGAUUCGGUUCGGUUUUAGCAGCACGGCGAUAGGCAUCAUAGCGGCCACAUAUGAUGUUACCAUUAUGGUUCUCAUUGGCUUCGUGUCGUACUUCGGAGCCACGAGAAAUAAACCGAACAUACUUGGCUUUGGAGCUGUGAUCAUGGGGUGUGGAUCUUUAAUGUGGGCUGUCCCACACUUCACCAGUGGCCUGUACGAUUACGACGCUGCGUACGGAGACGAAGACACUCUAUGCGUGCCUGGUAGAAAUACUUCUAAAAUAAUACAUGAUUGCAUAGAAGAAGGGGGCGAGGGAGACCUGUCAUAUUAUUUUUUCGUCUUCCUAUUCGCCCAGAUACUCCAUGGAAUUGGUGCAUCACCCAUUUACACGGUUGGCUAUGCAUUUUCUGAUGAGAAUGCUUCACACAGAAAAGCGUCCUGGUACUUAGGUAUACUGAGUGCACUCUCAAUAUUUGGACCUACCAUUGGAUAUCUGGUCGGUGCAUACUUCCUCACUAUUUAUGUGGACCCACUACACCAAGACGAUGUGACGAUUGAUAAUACAGAUCCUGGUUGGGUUGGUGCCUGGUGGAUCGGCUUCGUAUUAUCAUGGAUUCUAGCCUGGCUCAUAGCCAUACCGAUUGGGGCGUUUCCUCCAGAAUUACCAGGAACGAAAGACAUUCAGAAUGAGCGUCAGUCGCAGGCACACCACAGUGACGACGCCGAAUUAGUACAAGCAAAUACAGACUUUGGAAAAGGAUGGAACGACCUGUGGCCAUCAACUAAAAUGCUUUUAAAGAACCCCUAUUAUUGUUUUAUGACCAUCAGUAAAACAGCUUUAACAUUUGUGAUAGUCGGGUUUCUUCCUUUUAUCCUCAAGUUUAUUGAAAACCAAUUCGGCCUUACAUCGUCACAGGCUGGUCUGAUAUUAGCUGUGACGUCCAUACCUGGCGCUGCUGGAGGAACUUUACUUGGUGGAUGGAUCAUAAACAAGUUUAACUGGAAAGUCGUAGGCAUGACGCGUUUCUAUCUAGGUGCGUCGUUAAUAACGACGUGUCUGUAUCCAGUAUUUUAUCUACAGUGUCCGGAACAACAAGUAGCGGGCGUCAUCACAUCUUACAACAGUUCAGAUACGAGUGACCUUGACGUAAUAAAUCUUAAUCAUCCAUGUAACUCUGUGUGUGGUUGUGCUGGUACAGAGACUUACGAUCCAGUCUGUGGAACCAAUAAUCUGUUAUAUUUUGAUGCAUGCUAUGCUGGUUGCCUGGAUACCCCGGAUGAUGGAGAGACUUAUUACAACUGCAGUUGCAUCUUUUCGGAAAACGAAAGUGGUGACUCACCGGAAGCAGUAUCUGGGAAGUGCACAUACGAUGAUUGCUGGCAACUUCCGGUGUUUAUUGUAGGGUUUUUCUUCAUUUUGCUGACAAUGUUCUUGUUGAUUGCUCCAAGAGCUAUUCCAGGGCCAAUUGUGAUGGGUAUAGUGGUAGACAGUGCAUGCGUAAUGUGGCAAGAGGACUGUGGAGAUACUGGCACAUGCUGGAUAUAUGAUAACCACGGUUUUGCCAUGAGAUUUGUCGUUUUCGGAGCAGCUUUCACUGGACUUGCCAUGCUUUGCUCCCUGGGUGCUCUCUUGACCUACAAGCCUCCACCAGAGCCAUCUAAUGAAGAAAAGAUCGAUUCAGCCAACACGGAACCAAUAUCGACUAUUGGAAACUCGACAACAACCUUAGAUAAACAAAAGGAGAGAAGCACAGUGUCACUUCUUGGAUACACGAAAACAGAUCCGAGUAAUGAGAUCAGCGGAACCAUACUAGAAAACAAGAUAUAG